GUGGAGGCUUGGUGUGGGUGGUGGGAGACAAACAUGGAGGCCAUCUUUCACGAGAGGCAAGAAGGUUCCCUGUGUGCCCAGCACUGUUUGAAUAACCUACUACAAGGAGAGUAUUUUAGUCCAGUAGAACUAUCUUUAAUUGCACAACAGCUGGAUGAAGAGGAGAGAAUGAGGAUGGCAGAGGGAGGACUUUCUAGUGAAGAGUACAGGACUUUUUUACAGCAGCCUUCUGGGAACAUGGACGACAGUGGCUUCUUCUCAAUUCAAGUUAUAAGCAAUGCCUUGAAAGUUUGGGGUUUAGAACUGAUCCUCUUCAACAGCCCAGAAUAUCAGAGGCUCGGGAUCGACCCUAUAAAUGAAAGAUCUUUUAUUUGUAACUAUAAAGAACACUGGUUUACAGUGCGAAAAUUAGGAAAACAGUGGUUCAACUUGAACUCUCUCUUGACGGGUCCAGAAUUAAUAUCUGAUACUUACCUUGCACUUUUCCUGGCCCAGUUACAACAGGAAGGUUAUUCAAUAUUUGUUGUAAAGGGUGAUUUACCAGAUUGUGAGGCUGAUCAGCUGCUGCAAAUGAUUAGAGUACAGCAGAUGCAGCGGCCAAAGUUAAUCGGAGAGGAGACACCGCAAUCAAAAGAUCAGAGGGUACAAAAACCAGAUUUGGAACAAGUAGUAGAUGCUAACCAUCCUUUUGAUGGUACUGGCAUGUUAGAUGAAGAUGAAGAAAAUUUCCAAAAAGCUCUUGCACUCAGCAGACAGGAAAUUGAUAUGGAAGAUGAAGAAGCUGAUCUCCGUAGAGCCAUUCAACUUAGUAUGCAGGGAGGUCCUCGGAGUGGCUUUUCAGACUCUUGCACAUCGAACACUCCAAACUCAUCUACUACAAGCCAGUCUGAAUGUCUUUCAUCAGAAGAGCUGCGACGAAGAAGACAGGCUUAUUUUGACAAACAACAAGUUCAGAAUCCAGAAUUGCACAAUGCACCAGCUACAAGUUCAAAUGCUCUGGUCACUGAUCCAGGAGGUGAUAUGAGUGAAGACGAUAUGCUUCAAGCAGCCAUGAAUAUGUCAUUGGAAACUGUUACAAACUGUGUGAAUGCAGAAGAAAAGAAAUGACACAAAUUCCUAUUUUUAUUUUUAUGUUAACACUAAAUCUUGUAUUAAUUAUGAGUGGAUGAUAUAAAAGUAGGGUUCAUUUCACUGAUGUGUACAGAGCAGGAUAUAGCCCUAAAAUUUUACAGAUCUGAAGUUCAGAAUAAAAAGACAAAUCUGCAUAUAACACAAAUGAAAUAUUAUUGCUUAAAGAUUUUAUUUUUAACUACAUGAUGACUAGUUCUAAUCAGGUUGGUAGAGUUGCUUCAUGUGAUCAAGGAAUACCACUGUGUCAUAAAACGUUAAUCUAGUGCUUCCCAACCCACAGAUGUGCAGGGUGAGUUUGAGAUACAUUGACAGAUCAGUUUAUGGGGCUAGAGCCCUGUUUAGUUGUGAUGCUGUGUUCCUCUUGGUUUCUUCAGAGCAAGAUCAAUCACUGAUACCCAGUUACACUGAAGUCCCUUGCAAAUAAGCUAUCAAGAUUGUAUGAUGCCAGAAAGUUCAUAAUUGAUAAUUGCGUGCUGUCAGGUCAAUUCUGAAUUAUGGUGACCCUUUUUGAGUGUUCUAGGUAGCAAAUACUCAAAAUUGAUUUAUAAUUCAUUUCUUCUCAGUCAGUUAAUGUUGAAAACAUCUAGAGAGCACCAAGCUGGGGAAGGUGCAGUUGGAACUGUGCAGCUUGCCCAAGAUCACACAGACUCUUCUGGGAUGCAGAGUGGGGAACUGAUCUCUCAAGCUCUCGCUCAGCAAUAUACUGUACUUCACUCACUGAGCUAUAGACUCAAAUACAUGUUUCAGGGUACUCCAAACAUAUCUUCUGUAUUAUAACCAGUUUAAGAUUAAAUCAAUAUAACUUGCCACUUCCUAUUGAAAAGUGUUCAAGUUAAGCUGUAAAUAGAAUGUUACUUGUAUUUUCUGUCCUAUCAAAUAUGAAAACAUUUAACGGGUAAAAUUUAAUAUUAUUACUUUAUACAAAAUAGAAAAGGCCCUUUAAUUCUAAAUUUAGUCAGGUGAGCUUCAUGUUGUCUUUAGCAUUGUAAGAAAUACACAGGCUGACAACCCCCACCUUGGAUUUUACUUAAAAGCUAUUUUUAAACCAUAAAGAUAAUGCUAGGUUUUUCCUUUUUUAGAAGAGAAGGAAACAAAAUUAUUUAUGUAUACUCUGUGUACUGAAUGUUAUGCAGUCUGAACUCCAUGGUCUAUUCCAGCACAAACACCACAAACACUGAAUGAUCACCUGGAAAUUUGUUAAAUAACUCAAAUUAGAAAUUGUAGGGAUAUAAUUGAUGAACACUUACCCUAAUUUAUUUUCUGUUUUACAAUAACUUAUCCUUUGUUUUACAUUCUCUCUUAGUUCAAGUAUUUGUAUAAGUAUUAAAUUUGUCUGGAUGAAAAUAUGAAGCUGCCUUAUAUUGGUGGGACAAGGUGGGGAAAUCUUUAAAAGUACAACUAAAUACUACUAAAAUUACCAGUAUUCCAGUAUAGUUUUACUGGCAAUGGUGAUUUUAAGAUAUUAAAGCCCACCUGCCCACCCACACUCCCAGUUCUGCAACUGCCAACAGCUUUUCUAUGUAGAAACUGAUCCCAAGGAAGCCUCAGGACCUUUGUCAGGGGUGGGAUUAGAAUUUUUUAAUUUCCAAAACAAACACUGUAGCUGAUGCAUUAUAAGUUCCACUAGUGGACGUCAGCCAUUGAAUCAGAUCAUUGAUCCAGUACAGUCUCUGAUUUAGGAGCAGCUCACCAAGGUCUAAAACAGGUGUUGUAACUAGUUGUUACCUGAGUUACAGUAUCUCACAACUGGAGAUGUCUGGGAUUAAACCUGGGAUUUUCUGCAUGCAAAGCAUGUGCUCUACUACUGAGCUAUGGCACAAAUCCCAGAAUUUCAAGCUGUCUAGGAGCAAAAAGAUAAGAAAACAUUUCAUGACAUCAGUGCCACAUUCUUGAUGUGCAUACCUGGUAAUCUGAAAUGAACCCUGCAUGUUUACCUGUAUGUUAAGAAUGGAUAUUGAUAAAUGAACAUGUGUGAGUAUGUGUGUUAUCAGAUAUUAAUGAAUGUUUCCUGCCUGUAAGAAUAUUGCAGCUUUUCAUGAAUGGCCUUCAUUCAUGCACCUUACUUUCUUUUUCUGUCAAUGUUUCUGUGACUGAGGAAAUAUAGGGAGCAAAUGCUGAGCUUUUUUUCCUGUUGAGUUAUACUUUUGAUAUAAAAGAUUACUAUGAUAGAAUGACCAAACUGGGCAUUCUAUGUGACGAAAACAGUUUUAAUAUUUUGUAAAUGGUGCUUUGAGCAUACAUUCUGUUUACAUAUAUGUCUUAUUGGUAUACUGUACUGGUUUGGGAUAUUCACAGUGUUCAAACUAUUCUUAGGCAUUUGCCUAACACUCCAGAAAAAAAAAGUGAAACCUAUAUUGUGCUAUAUUGAUGUGUCACCCCUAGAUACUGAAUGACAAAUAACUGUGGAAGUAUAUGGUACAAUAGGGAAUACUGUAAUACAAUAUUAAAAAGAACACUUGGAUUUUGAUGGUGUUUGUUUACAAUAGUGUUCUUUAGAUGGCUUGGUUAGAGAUACAGGAGUAUUUGCAUGUUCCAUGUUUAGUUGAUCACUGUGAAGUACAGGCAAUGGAUUUUGGCCCUAAAAUGACUAUUAUGUUAAAAAAAUGUUUCUAGUUCUAUCAUUUUCUUAAACUUAAGGCAACACUAUGUGCCCUACUUGAUUUUUUAACAGCAGGACAUUAGCUUGCCAAACUUAACGCACAGUCACUGAUUUUAUAACGACUGUGGCAUUAGUUACAUAGAGCUAUCUGGAUUUAUUUUGUGUUGAUUUUAAGCUAUUACUUGAAUUUAAACAUGCAAAGGGAUUCAUAUAAAGCAUGAAAUGAAAUAUCAGUCUGUAUAAAUCAUAAUUUUAUUUUUUUUCUUUGUACUUUUCCAAUAAAUGGUGUUCUUCUGGACAAACUGGAUGUGGAUGAAUUUAGGAACAUUUCUUUCAAAGAUAUUUGUACUGGGAUGCAGAUAACCAAGUAUUAAAUAAAUAUUUGGCAUAUCA